AUUAACACAUGUCAAUUAAAAUAUAUACAUACAAAGAAAGACUGACACACACACAAACAAAUACCUGUUAUAAAUACAUGCAAUUAAAUAAGUAGCCACUGGCAAUGUUUACUGUUUUUGUAAAUACAAGCAAAUAGGUCAAUUUCACUUGAAUAUUGUAUUUCCCUUAUUUCUAAAUGUUGAAAGUCAGUGGGUGCUGGUUUGUUACUAGUAUUUUCCCAAAUAACAAAAUUACAACAAGGUUUAAACAAGGCUGAGUUUCAAUUUUCAUUAUCCCUUUUCUAAACCAGAUUACUUUCUUCUGUGCAUUUUAGAGUUGAUGUCUUAAUUAAUCCUUAAUCCAGAAAAAAUUCCAUUACGACUUCAUGACAUGUCACAAUUUCCCUGGCAACGUUUUCAUGUCUGAAUUUCAAAAUGUUGCACUAUUUCUGUUGUUGUGUAAAUAACUUGCAGUGAAAAUGAAGAAGCAGAUUUUGAAGAGGCUAUUUCAGCUUGUUCCAGCUAGCUAGAACUCUUAGAUAACAUACAUUUGACAUGCAAAAUAAAUGUAGAUAUGCAGUUUAAUAUGCUUUGGAGUGGAGUCGAUGAUAAAGUUGUCAUACUGAAAAGGUCUCAACUGUUUGAGAACUGCCUCCAACCUUCCUUGCACAUAAAAUUGUAUUGCUGACUGGACAAGUUCAUCUCUGCCCUCUAGGCUUGUGAUGCUGGUCAGGGCACCAAGCAUGUUCAGGCUGUUGCUCGCCUCCAAAAUUGCUGUGAAGGCCUCUAUCACUGACUCUGCCUUUAGAAUCUAAAAGUUUAUGUUGACAAAAGAAAAGAGUUUCUGUUGAAGUUUACUCUCAAUUUUGCUCUAUUAUAUCCUAAACAACAAAAUGUCAGAGAUUGGUACCAAUCUCUGUCUAAGAGACCCCAAACUGCUAAACCUUUUCCAAUUGAUGAAGUCAUAAGUCAGUUUACAUGGUUCAAAAAAGGGAUUUUCUUUUUUGAGUUGGACAUCAGUUUGGCUUGGGCUACAUAUAAUAAUGUCCUUAAAUUGGUCCAUAUUUGUUGAGAUAUAGACAGUGAGGUAGUUCCCGCCACUAUAUUGAACUCAUACAACUCCCAACUUAAUUCAAACUUGGUCAUUUAUGUUUAAGACUUUGUUAUGUCCCUAUUUGAUGUCUACAGUAAGGAUAUAAAGGCGAGUUGUAAUCUGUUAAUUGGUUAUUCAUUUGGUCUUUCACUGCAACAUGCCAACAAAGUACUACUAUUACUCUUACCAACACUACAAAAUGUAAUGUUAGUUAUUCUGAUGCUGCUGUUAUUCUGUAAAAAAAAUAAAUCUGGCAACCAGAAAGGUGACAAUGUAUCUUCUUAGCUAUCAUAUGCAAAUAAAACAUUCAUUUGACUAUCCUGAACUUUCAACUUCACAGCAUUCAGCAUGAUUUGGGAAGAUUAGACUAAUUUUAAUGUAUACAAUACACUUUAUGCCAAAUGUGUGUCACAGUUAAUUUACGUCAAAGAAAUAGAUCAUAUGGUCCAGAUUUAUAACUUACCUUGUCUAGUUGUUCUCGCAGCUCUAUGUCAUCUACUUCGGUUAUGUCCACUGGGGAGGUGGGGAGCCCUGACAGCUGUCCGAAAAGUCGUUUGGACAGCAACCCCUCCAUGGACAAGGCAAACAGUGUUGUCAGAGGUGGGGGCAGGGAGACCCACGUCAGAGGUGGAGGCAGAGAGACCCAUGUCAGAGGUGGAGGCAGGGACAACUGUAGAAGAGGUGGAGGCUAGGACAACCGUGGAAGAGGUGGAGGCUGGGACAACCGUGGAAGAGCUGGAGGCUGGGACAACUGUAGAGGAGGUGGAGGCAGGGACAACUGUGGAAGAAGUGGAGGCUGGGACAACUGUGGAAGAACUGGAGGCUGGCACAACUGUGGAAGAGGUGGAGGCUGGAACAACUGUGGAAGAGGUGGAGGCUGGGACAACUGUACAAGAGGUGGAAGCAGGUGCUGCAGCAGGGAUUACCACAGGACACCCUGCAGUGGGCCAGUUUCCCAUAACCAGUUCCAUGAGUCAGGUGUGAUCUACAAGGCAUUUCCACAGACAUCACAGGCGAGACAGCAACAGGAUCACUGGAGGAUACCAUGAUGGAGGAGGGCACUAUGGGCACUGAAAUGGAUAUAUGUCUUGAUUAUUGUGACAGUGAUCUCUCUAACUGCACAGGGCUGAUAGGAAGUACUCAAAAAAGAACCUGUCUAGUUUAGUUUUCAUGUUUUUCCACAUUUCUCCAACAAAGUGAAUGCACUCACAAGUGAUAGUCAUUGUUACACUUAACAAAAGAGUCACACCAUGGCAUCCCUGUUAUCCCCAUCUGUCCCAUAAUUUGGUAGUAGUACUCAUGAUUACUUUUGAGAUUGUAGGUACAUUACUGUGUUUACGGAGGUAUCGACAACCUGUGAAGCUGUAUUGCUCAGGGCACUUUAUUUCUAGAAGUCCAUAGCUUUUGUCAUCCCCACUCUGAAGGACUUUCCUGUCAGGUGAUGUGCCUAAAUGGGGGGAGUUGGGGUUGACGACAGAGCCACACAUGUAUACUUUGUUUCUAGAGACUUUUGUGCAUUGGGAUGCAGCAAGCGGCUCAAGCUCCAGACCUCUCUUCAUUGCUUUUUUUUGCACUGUCUUCUUCUUCCUCUGCAUGCUGGUGGGAAGCUGGUCAAAGUCUGCUAUCCUUGAGCAUAUUGUCUUAAAAGAGGAUAAAGUAAGACGAGGAGAACUGACACCAUGCCAGAUGUUGUUGCUCUGCUGUCUGGUUUCUUUCUCUAGUGCAUCUGCUUCAAACUUGGAGUUCAUCAUGUCACUAUAGCAUUCCAUCUGGUCUUCUGUCAGGACUUUAGAGAAGGUGCUUGGCUGCGGUGGCAAAGGGAAUGCUGGGAACUUAUCAGUAGGGUUAGAGAGGGAUGAUGUGAGCCGAGUGUUGUCCAGUAGUGGGAGCUACACACACGCACACACACAAAGAAAAAAAAUGUUAUUGCUAUGUGUGUACAUUUUUUUUACACUGAGGUCCAUGAAAGCCACUCCCAAUUUAGAUCACCCAUAAGGAUGUGGACGUGACCAAGUGUUGCCAAUAAGUUACUGCAAAAAUACAAUAAAAUGUCUAACAGUAUAGUAUUAACGUGAUCUCUACCAGUAUAUGUCAUCUGGAUGAUGACAAGUAACAUGGGGCCUUUGCAUUUCAUCCUGCUAUUAAAAGCACCCGGUGGAGUUUCUGACCUUUA